ACACUAUUUAAGGGGUAAAAAUAAAACAUUUAGAUGUAUUUGGUUCGCGUGCUGCUCGACUUAUUUGCGCUAAAUCGUACAAAACAACCCAUAGCAGCAUGUGGGAACCACACAGUCACGCAGUUAGCUAGAAAAAGUCACUUUUGCAGUUCAUCUCCUAUCGGGUUCCACUGGGGAGUUAUGAAAGCGUGUGACUCGUUGUUUUACAGGAAAAUGGCUGCAGAAAGCAAUAUAGAGGACUACCCGCACGAAAUAGACGAGCAGCUGACGACCUUCGACUCAUCAGUGAACUCAGUGAAAACCAUGCUAGAGAAGCUGAUGUCCAUGUCCAGGAAUGACCUGCUGCAGAAG